ACACAGUAACAGAAAGUUGUGUGCCACUUUCAAGCAAAGUUAGCCAUCACCGCCAUACACCAAAAACACACACACAGAGACUGCCUUCCUCUCUCUUUCCUCUCAUCACAGCGCAAGAAACAUUAGCAAGUUUGAUGUUGAGGGCCCGACAUUUUUACGAGUUUUAGGGACUUAGAAAUUUAAAAAAGGUCAAACAGACAGCUUUUCUUUUCUUAUUGCUUCUUCUUCACUUUCCUCCAUUUUCCCUCACUUUAUUUUGCUUUUUGUUUAUUUAUUAUAUGUUUCAGUUAGGACACUUCACACUACAAUUUGUGUAAAAAUUUUCUUGGUUUCUUUACUGUCUGGCAAAUUUUCUUGUGUAAUAUGGAGAAGCAAAACACGUUUACGAAUGAAGAGAAUUGUAGCUCAGAACAACUUGAGAGUUACUUUUUCAAUCCCAAUUGGGACAAUUCAAUGAAUCAAAAUGAUCCCUUUGAGUCUGCAUUUAGUUCAAUGGCUGCAUCGAAUGGUAUUAUUGGUGACAACAUUGUUGUAAGAGAACUUAUUGGUAGAACAGGCAAUUCUCAGGAAAUGUCAAUGCUGGAUCAUCAGAUCGCCCAAGGGAAUUUCCCAAUAAAUGGAAAUCGAUUUUCAUCUCCUCCCAGUUCAGCACCAUUUCCAGCGGAUCCAGGAUUUGCAGAUAGGGCUGCAAGAUUUUCUUGCUUUGCUAACAAGAAUUUAGGGGCCAUGAAUGCCCAACUGGGAUCAAAUGAAGCCGAAUUGCCGCACAGAUCGGCAACAAAUUUGGAACCUGGCAAGAUUUCGAGCUAUCAGUCCUUCAAGAUUUCUUCUUGUGAUAAGAAAUUGGGUUGCUUGUCGAUAUCUUCGACCCCUGAAAAAGCUGAAUUUUGUGAAUCAAGGGAGAAUUCUUCGAUCUCUGAACAGAUCCCUGCUAGGGAAGUUGGUACAAAUGAUGCAAAUGACAGAAAGAGGAAAGCAGUUCUAAGGGGAAAGGCAAAAGCAAUCCCUUCAUCAAAUUCUGCCAAUAUUUCAUCAGAAAAUAGUGGAUCAAGUUCAAAAAGAAGCAAGCCAGGUGAUGACAAAUGUUCAGAGCCUCCAAAGGACUAUAUUCAUGUUAGAGCCAGAAGGGGCCAGGCUACAGAUGCCCAUAGUCUUGCUGAAAGAGUUAGAAGAGAGAAGAUCGGUGAAAGAAUGAAGUUCUUACAAGAUCUUGUGCCGGGUUGCAAUAAGGUGACUGGGAAAGCUGUUAUGCUUGAUGAGAUUAUAAAUUAUGUGCAGUCUUUACAGAGACAAGUUGAGUUCCUUUCAAUGAAAUUGGCUAAUGUCAAUCCUACCAUGGACUUCAAUAUGCAAGCUCUUUUGUCCAAGGAUAUGUUUCAGUCUCGUGGAGCGAUCCAUGAUGAACUACAGCUGUUGGAUACCUAUCCUUUCCAAUGUCAACAAGGACCAAACUUGCAUAGUGUCAUCCCUAGUCGAAUUGAUGCCUUCCCAACAAACUAUUUCAAUGAUGCCACGGGUCGAAAUCAGAGCAAGCAACAGCUUUCUGUGGACAAUUUGGUUUCAACAGUCUGGGAAGAUGAUCUCCAUAGCCUUGUUCAGAUGGGAAAUGGUCAAAAUCAGACACAAAGUUUUCAUGGGAUUCUUCCCACAGCACAAACGAAAGCCGAAAGAUGAUUAAUAGUUUUCAGCAUCAAUUUAAUUCAUUUUAGGCUCUGAUUGAUAGAGGCUCAGGCUUCUGUAUAUACUGAGGAAUUGUAUUAGAAAAAAGAUCAGUUGAUGAUCAAUUCAAAGAAAUAGAGCAUUCUUGUUAUUCUCUUUUACAUGGUCGAUACAAAGUCGAUAAUAAUCUCGUUUUCUACAUAUUUAUUGGAAGCAAGACUUAGUUCGUGUUGUUUUUCUUUGUGUGUGUACUUUUCGUGCUAUUUGCACGACUUCCCUUUAAUUUGGUGGUAAUAAAAAUGUCGAUUAUUA